GCGAAACAAAGAAGCAAAGGUGUUCUUUGCAAAGAAGCGAAAGCCGCCGAUUUCUCGCCCAGUUCGUUUGGAAACCUGCCUUACAAGAGUUCUGAGCGUAUCUUUUAUAUCUAAAAUUACCUUUUUUGAAGUGUAAUAGGACCAAACUAAAUCAAAAUGCGCGAAUGUAUCUCUAUUCAUGUUGGCCAAGCCGGUGUUCAAAUCGGUAACGCCUGCUGGGAAUUGUACUGCCUGGAGCAUGGCAUCCAACCUGACGGUCAAAUGCCAUCAGACAAAACUGUUGGAGGUGGAGACGACAGUUUCAACACCUUCUUUAGCGAGACUGGAGCCGGCAAGCACGUUCCAAGAGCCGUAUUUGUGGACUUGGAACCCACUGUAGUUGAUGAAGUACGUACCGGAACCUACCGUCAACUGUUCCACCCUGAACAACUGAUCACAGGUAAAGAAGAUGCCGCCAACAACUACGCUCGUGGUCACUACACCAUUGGCAAGGAAAUCGUCGACGUUGUAUUGGACAGAAUCCGUAAAUUGGCUGAUCAAUGUACUGGUCUCCAAGGUUUCCUUAUCUUCCACUCUUUUGGUGGAGGUACCGGUUCCGGAUUUACUUCCCUUUUGAUGGAAAGGUUGUCCGUAGAUUACGGAAAGAAAUCCAAAUUGGAAUUCGCCAUCUACCCAGCCCCACAAGUAUCCACCGCUGUAGUGGAACCAUACAACUCCAUAUUGACCACCCACACCACCUUGGAACACUCUGACUGCGCAUUCAUGGUCGACAACGAAGCUAUCUACGAUAUCUGCAGACGUAACUUGGACAUUGAACGACCAUCGUAUACCAACUUGAACAGACUCAUUGGCCAAAUCGUAUCGUCUAUCACCGCCUCUCUCAGAUUCGAUGGUGCACUCAACGUCGACUUGACCGAAUUCCAAACUAACUUAGUACCAUACCCACGUAUCCAUUUCCCUCUUGUCACCUAUGCCCCAGUCAUAUCUGCUGAAAAAGCCUACCAUGAACAACUUUCCGUUGGUGAAAUCACAAACGCCUGUUUCGAACCAGCUAACCAAAUGGUGAAAUGCGACCCUCGUCACGGCAAAUACAUGGCCUGCUGUAUGUUGUACAGAGGAGACGUGGUACCAAAGGACGUCAACGCCGCUAUCGCCACCAUCAAGACCAAGCGUACCAUCCAAUUCGUGGACUGGUGCCCAACUGGUUUCAAAGUAGGCAUUAACUACCAACCACCAACCGUUGUACCAGGUGGCGAUUUGGCCAAGGUACAACGGGCUGUGUGCAUGUUGUCCAACACUACCGCCAUCGCCGAGGCAUGGGCCCGUUUGGAUCACAAGUUCGAUCUUAUGUACGCCAAGCGUGCUUUUGUACAUUGGUACGUAGGAGAAGGUAUGGAAGAAGGUGAAUUCUCCGAGGCCCGUGAAGAUUUGGCUGCUCUAGAGAAGGAUUACGAAGAAGUUGGCAUGGACUCCGGAGACCAAGAAGGAGAAGGUGCCGAAGAAUAUUAAACAUUACAGACAACAAUUCCAUUUAUAAGACUAAUUCAAUAAAAUUUUUGUUUAACUGCA